AUGGCUUCAAACGGUAUUUCACCAGAGACCGCCAAAGGCGCCACCACAGUCGGAAUACCCGUCACAAAAAUACUCUCCACAUUUGUUGCAAAUGCCGGGCCACAGAUUCUCACCAAUAGAAUGAGGGAAAGGCUCAAGGAGUAUCUCAUCGAUUUUAUUGCCGUUACCUUGGCCGCCAGCCACAGCUCUGACUCGACUGUAGCCAUCUGUAACGCCGUCAAAGCUUUAGGCGGACAGGCAGGGUCAUCCACGGUUCUGGGGAAAGGUAAAAUGUUUACGCCUCAAUAUGCUGGUUUACUCAAUGCCGCUCUGGGUCAUUCGUUGGAUUUUGAUGACACAUAUGCCCCUGGCACUCUACAUGCCGGGGUGACUGCUAUUGCCGCAGGGUUGACCCAGGCAGAAUUGCUGGGGGAAGUCGCAGACACCGACCGGUUUCUCAUCGCAGUUGCCGUUGGAUACGAGAUUACCUGUCGGCUCGGUAAGGAACUAGGAAAUGAAGCAUAUGCCCGAGGUUUCCACAAUACUUCUACAGCAGGGAUAUUUGGAGCAGUGGCGACAAUCGCAGUGCUCAAGAACCUUUCCGUUGAUUUGAUUGAGAAUGCUUUCGGCCUAGCUGGCUCCAAAGCUUCAGGCACUAUGCAAUAUCUGGAGAAUGGUAGUUGGAACAAGAGACUGCAUCCAGGAUUUGCGGUGCACGAUGCUUUCCUCUGCACUGCAUUGGCAGAGGCUGGUGUGAUUGGUGCAGCGAAGAUUUUCGAAGGUCCUUUCGGAUUUCUUCAAGGCUACAGCCCGAAAGUGGACAAGGAUCUCGCAUACCUGACAAGUGAUCUUGGGCAACGAUGGGAGUUUCUCGAAACCUCGUUGAAGCCAUAUCCGGCCUGUCGGAUGACGCACGGAUUCAUCGAACAUGCUGCGAAAUUCGGUUUUGAUAAAGGCUGUGUGACAGCUGAUGAAGUCAAACAGAUCACAUUGUCUCUGAGCCCUAAUAAUGUCAGCGUUGUUGGCGCAACCACGAAGAAUAAAAUUCAUCCCGAGAACAUGGUUGAUGCCCAGUUCUCAGCAUACUUCACCACGGCAAACAGUUUUCUGUUCGGUUCGGCCAAUGGCGUCCGGUGUUACGAGAAGGAUCGACUCUCCAACUCGGACAUCCGACAAUUGUGUGAUAAAACCACCUGUGUGGCUGACAAAUCUCUCCGGCAGUUUGGGUCGAAGCUGAGAAUCGACUAUGAGAACGGCACUUUUGACCAAGUGACAAUUCCUUAUCCUUUGGGAGAAGCUCAACAUCCUUUCACUAGAGACCAGGUGGAUGCCAAAUUCUUUAGCUUGGUAAACCCUGUGCUUGGCGAGGAAAGGGCUUCGUUGAUUAGGGAUAUUGUGAACGAUAUUGAGGAGCAUCGGGUCACAGAAUUGCUUCAGUUGUUACUUUAA